AUGGCUGUCAUGGAAGACAUUUUGCUGCUUUUUCCCAGUAUAACUUCUCUACUGGGCACAGUUUUGAUCCUGCUUGUCAUCCAUCUAACCUUCACCAGCUUUGCUUCGGAGAAAAAUUGCCCUCCAGGUCCCACUCCACUCCCGCUGGUUGGCAAUUUGCUACAGCUGGGUCGUAAGCUGCCUCACAUCGCACUCUAUGAGCUGUAUAAGAAGCAUGGACCAAUAUUCACUGUCCAUUUGGGGCCCAAAAAGGCAGUGGUGCUGGCAGGUUACAAGACAAUCAAGCAAGCUCUGGUCAAUGUUGAUGCCUUUUCAGAAAAAGAAACUCUUCCAAUUAUUAAAGACUUAAAAUUAACACAUGGAAUUAUUUUUGCCAAUGGAGAUUCAUGGAAGGAGAUGAGGCAUUUUACACUAACAGCCUUAAAAGACUUUGGAAUGGGAAAGACAGCAGCUGAAGAAAAAAUUAUAGAGGAAACUGAACGCCUGAUUGAAGUAUUUCAAGAAAAAGAAGGCAAAGCCUUUGACACUGCUGAAGUUGUAAACCAUGCUGUGUGCAAUAUCAUCUGUUCGAUUGUUUACGGUAAGAGAUUUGAAUAUGAUGACCCAGAGUUCACAGCGAUGGUGGGUCGAGCUACGAGGAAUACUCAACUCUUGGGUUGUGCUUCAGUAGAGUUAUACAAUUACUUUCCAAGGCUGUUCUAUUGGGUUAAAACCCGCAAGGAACUGAUGGAGAGUGCCUUUGCUAAUAGGAGACAGCUGGCAGCAGUGGUCAAAGGUUUACAGGACACCCUUGAUCCACAGAUGUGCAGAGGUUUGGUGGAUUCAUUUCUCACUCGCAAGAUUCAGCUUGAGGCAUCUGGAAAUAUGAAUUCUCACUAUCACGAAGACAACCUACUGAUUACUGUUGUCAACUUAUUCACUGCUGGCACAGAAACUACAUCUACUACAUUAAGAUGUGGCUUACUGCUCAUGGCCAAGUAUCCAGAAAUACAAGACAAAGUUCAGGAGGAACUGGCCAGGGUAGUAGGAAAUCGUCAGGUUCAAGCGGGAGACAGAAGGAUCCUGCCGUACACUGAGGCUGUCAUCCAUGAAAUACAGAGACUGAGUAAUAUUGUACCCAUAAUUGUACACUGCACUUCCCAAGAUGUCAUCUUCCAGUCUUACUUCAUCAAGAAGGGAACCCCGGUGAUUCUUCUACUUUCAUCAGCCCUUUUAGAUGAGAAUGAAUGGGAAAAGAGUUCCUCUUUUAAUCCAGCCCAUUUCCUAGAUGAGAGAGGGAAUUUUAGAAGGAGAGAGGCUUUUCUACCAUUCUCUACAGGUCCAAGGGCUUGUGUAGGAGAGAGCCUGGCCAAGAUGGAGCUUUUCCUUUUCUUUGCCUCCCUCCUCCAGCGCUGUCGAUUCACUCCCCCACCUGGAAUGACUGAGGAUGACCUAGAUCUGACACUAGAUGCAGGCUUCAUCCUCACCCCUGUACCUCAUAAGCUCUGUGCCACCAGCAGAGUUUGAAGAUUAAUAGUGUGCAAAAAACAUUUGUCUAUAAUCAUUGUUGUUGUUAUACAUUGAUGGUUUUCACAAACAUCAAGCUGUAUGACUUUGAUCUGCUUAUUUUUGUGGAAUGGUGUUAUCAUUGUUAAAGUUUUAACCCUGAUUCAAACCCACUUUGAUUUUCGUUUCUCUUGAAUCCAGGAUGAAUUCUGUAAAUUUUGUGGGUUAAAAGUCACUGUAAUCUCAAACAUGUUUUGGCGAUAAAUCAAGUAUUCAGUGAUCAAAGGCAUUUAUAUUAUU